GAAAACAGCGUCGUUUCGGAGACCGAAUCUGGUACCAUCGCAAAAUUGGACUGGGAAUCGCCCUCUUUCGAGAGAAUCGGAAAUGAGAGAUGGAAGACGAGCUCUAUGGCGUCGUUCCGUGCUCCUCCCUCGCUGUUGACUCCAUCCUCCGCGUCGGAACGGCCGGCGCAAUAUGGGGCUUGUGUAUGGGUCCGUACGAUGCUCGUCAGAAAGGACUUACCGGAGUUGCUCGUGCUUCUUUUGUAGCCAAGUCGGUUGGCAAAUUCGGCUUUCAAUGUGGACUUGUUGCUGGAAUUUAUACCAUGACACGUUGUGGAAUUCAAAGAUAUCGGAGGCGGAAUGAUUGGGUGAAUGGUUUGGUUGCGGGUGCUGUAGCAGGGGCAGCUGUUGCUGCUAGGACACGUAGCUGGACACAGGUAGUUGGGGUGGCUGGUAUGGUUUCUGCCCUCAGUGCUGCUGCAGACUAUUCUAGAACAUCUUGAAGCAUCUCUCGGUGGAAGCCUGAAGCUGAGGAACAAGGUAGUAUGACCCAUCAAAUAUAUUUUCCUUGGUGACUAUGCGAAGAUCAAUUUGUCAACUAUUCCAAUGUUGAGGUGAAUUAAAGGUUUAAUUUGGUUUCCGUCUUUUGUCAACAUGAAAUGAGCUUUGUUUGUGCUACUCAAUUUACCAGAUGUUCAAGCUUGUUGACUGGUUCAUCCUUUUA